AGCUCAGCUCAGCACACACACUCUCUCUCAGAUGCUGCGGGAGUGGAGGACAGACUGAGAUGCCUGUUUGCUGUUUGCGUCUGAACGGAGCGUAAAGUUAUGUGUGUUUGAAUUUGGGAGGGAGGAGGAGGGAGGUCUGUCAGCUGCAGGAUUCCAUCACUCUUAGCAACCGUUACUGAGUUACCACGGAAACGCUGCGCGAUGUUCUCUGCUUCUCCUUUGUCCUCCUCCAUCGCUCCCCUCUCCCCCCCCCCACCCUCUCUCUCCCUCUCACUCCAUCCUGUCUUUAUUGCCGGUCGACUUCCUCUGUGCGUUGCUACGGCGAUGCUCUGGGACAUUCAGCUGGAUCAUUUUUCCGCCGCAGUGCCGGAGUGCAGAGCUCGAACUGAAGGAAGUCACCAGCUGAUCACCUCGUUUACCUGUCAGAUGCCGUCAGUCUUUUCCUGCUCGUCAACUUUAAAAAAAAAAACCAAAAACUCCACUUUUGUCUUGUGACCUUUUAACCCUUCCGCUUCCCUAACGGAUCACGGCGUAGCUCUUUGUUUUGGAUUGGCCGGGCUGACAGGUGACGUCACAGGAAGUUGGACGAAGUUUUAUUGAACCCAAACGGCUGCGAUUGGCGUCGAUGUUUUCACGACUCCGUCAGUCUGAGAGACGUCCGGACGCUCGGAGAACAAACUCCACUCAGUGAACACCACAACUCUCCAAACACCUCCUUCUCCUCCUUCUCACCCACGCUGAGAUGAACGAGGAGGUGGAGGAGUUGCAGCUGCAGGAGCGGGAAGUGCAGCAACAGGAGGGAGAGCAGCAGGAGGAGGUGGAGGUUCAGCAACAGGAGAUGCAACAGGCGGGAAAGCAAGGGGAGGAGGAGGAGAUGCAGCAGCAGGAGGACAGACAGGCUGAGGAGGUGCAGCAGUCAGAGGAGGAGCAGGUGCAGCAGGAGGAGCAGCAGGGGGAGGAAGAAGUGGAGAUGCAACAAAAGCAGGACGAGGUGCAGCAGAGUGAGGUGGUAGAAGAGGAGGAGGAGAUGCAGCAGGUCGAGGAGCUGCAGCAGACCGAGGAGGAGGAGGAGGAGCAGCAGCAGCAGCGGCAGGAGGAAGAAGCGCGGACUGAGGGGGUGUCAUGGACUGUGCAGCAGCAGAGUGAAGAGGAGCAGGAGUUUGAGAAGGAGCAGCAGCAGAUCGAGGAGGCGCAGGAGUUUGUGGAUGCUCUGGAGCAGAAUCACAACAACCAGGUCCUGAUUCGACUGAGAGGAAUGCAGAAAUAUAAAAGUACAUCACAGAGGCUGAAGGGGGUCCUGGAGCAGAUGGACCGGGGCAUCGUGGACCUGCAGGAGCUCCGCAGGAACCUGGAGCUCGCUGCUGCCAUGUUGGACGCUGUUUACACCGAUGAGACCAGGUGGGAUGGACGGAAGCGUCUGCUGGACACCGAGGAUGAGCUCAGCGACUUGCAGGCCGAGUCGGUGCCCAGCGAGGUACGUGAUUGGCUGGCGUGCACCUUCAGCAGGAAGAUGGGCGUGGCCAAGCGGCGCCCCGAGGAGAAGCCGAGAUUCAGGAGCAUCGUCCACGCAGUGCAGGCUGGGAUCUUUGUGGAGAGGAUGUACAGACGGACAUCCAACAUGGCAGGUCUGACCUAUCCUCCCACGGCCUUGACUGCUCUAAAGGAAGUGGAUCAGUGGUCGUUCGAUGUUUUCUCCUUCCACGAGGCCACCGGAGACCACGCCCUCAAGUUCCUGGUCUACGACCUGCUGACCCGCUAUGACCUCGUCAACAGGUUCAGGAUCCCAGUCCAGGCUCUGGUGCAGUUUGUUGAAGCUCUGGAGAACGGCUACAGCAAACACAGGAACCCCUACCACAACCUGAUCCACGCCGCUGAUGUCACUCAGACCGCCCACUUCCUGAUGCUGCACACUGGACUGAUGCACUGGCUCAGCGAGUUGGAGAUUCUCGCGAUGGUUUUCGCUGCAGCGAUUCACGACUUCGAACACACAGGAACCACCAACAACUUCCACAUCCACACCAGGUCGGAGGUGGCCAUUUUGUACAACGACAGGUCGGUGCUGGAGAACCAUCACGUCAGCGCCGCCUACAGGCUGAUGGCAGAGGAGGACAUGAACAUCCUGGUCAACCUGAACAAGGACGACUGGAGGGAGCUGAGGUCUCUGGUCAUAGAGAUGGUGAUGUCCACAGACAUGUCCUGUCACUUCCAGCAGAUCAAGACCAUGAGGAACGCCCUGACGCAGACACACAGCAUAGACAAAGUGAAGGUUUUGUCUCUGAUGCUUCACGCUGCAGACAUUAGUCAUCCAGCCAAAGCCUGGCCGCUGCACUACCGCUGGACUCACAGUCUGAUGGAGGAGUUCUUUAGACAGGGAGAUAAAGAGGUGGAGCUCGGCCUUCCUUUUUCUCCUCUCUGUGACCGUAAAGCUACGAUGAUCGCCCAAUCACAGAUAGGUUUCAUAGACUUCAUCGUGGAGCCGACCUUCAGCGUCCUGAUCGACACCACGGAGAAGGUGAUUGGUCCCCUGAUAGAGGAGGACAGGAAGGCCAGAGAGACAGGAAACAGGAGGUCCAGUUUAACAGGAACUGGCUCUGUUACCGUGGAGUCGGUGCAGAGACACAACAGCGGUCGCCACGGAAACAGUGAUGAUGGACAGAUGGACUUUUCUCUGACCGCCAUCGACCUGCCGGCUCUGAGGCUACACCUGUCCGGCGUCAUCGCCAGCAACAAGGACCGCUGGAAAGAGCUGUCUGUUCAGGAACUGGCCAAUAAGGAGCGAGAGGAGCAGGAGAGGUUGGAGUCCAACAUCAACUCAGACGUCCAGUCUCAUCCAGCCUCACCCAACCACAGCGUCCCCGAUGGACACACCUCUGACCAAUCACAGAACUCAGACGGAUCCCCACCUGAUCAGACACAAAGCAACAAGUCACCUGACCACAUGCCUGCAGAUCACCUGACCUGGAAUGGGGCACGGCUGGGCGAGGAGAAGGAGGAGGAGGAGGAAGAGGAGGAGGACAAUGAUGAAGUGCCUGAAAACGCCUGAUGACACUCCGCGGCAAACUCGCCACUAUAUCUGUGGUGGUGGCAGAUCACCAUGGCAACAGGCGGCGCGGUGCAGUGACAGCGAGAGUUCAGAUUCUUCUGUUUUAAACACAGCAGCUGACUCAGUGGCCCCUUCCCUCCUUACUUCGGUGGACCCCCCCCCCCCCCCCCAUUAAAAAAAAGGGCCACCAGACCUUAUGUUUACAAACAACCAUGAACACAUCACAUUCAUCAGACAACAGCUUCUUAGCAGCUUCACGGUCCAUUCUCAGUGGUGAACGUGUCAUGUGACGUCAUUAGAGACUCAGAGGAAACAAGCGGAAACAUCUACAUUUAAAUUUAAAAAGCAACAGGUAAAAAAACCAAAGAGCUUCGUGCUCACGGCGAACGCAGGCCACAUGUUCACGAUCUGCAGGAAUGAGUCAUGGAGCUGUUAAAAAGCAACUGGAGGUUUUUGUGAAUGAAUGUGAGCAACAGACGUGUUGUUAUACAUGUACAUGUAAAGAAUGACCUGUGCUCUUCUCUCUGCUCUGGGUUCAAAUUAUCAAACAUGUUCAGAGCUGCUAAUCAAUAGUCAAUCGAUAUCUUCAGGAGCUGUUUUUAGCCACGUUAGCGGUCCACCACUAGACUGAAAUAUCUCAACAACUAUUAGCUUGGAUUCAUUUUAACAGCUAAUCCAACACUAAUGUCAUCCUCAUCAGCCUCAGCAAAUGUUAGCAUGCUAAUGUGCUAAACUAAGGUGGUGCUAAAUGCUAAUGGUGCGUUCCAUUUUAACAGGAAAGUCAAAAUUUCUGAGUUCCCAGUUGGAAAUUUCAACUCGAUCAGCCAACCCCUUGAAACUCCAAAAUCCAAGAUGGCUGCUCUUCGCAUCAACAGAAGUGAAAGCUGUAGUAACGCACGGUUUAUUCGCACUUCUGUCUUAUCUGUGUCUCAUUUAAUCCAUUGUACUCAAAGAACUGUUGCUACAGUGAUAGUAUGUGCAAAAUAUGGUGUAAUGCUGUUGUUGCUAACAGUAACAAUAACAAGCAUCAACAACAACAAGCUUCCGACGGACAUGGUCAACUCAGAUGUGACAUCAUUCCCAGCUCCAACAUCCAACUUACGAGGUAAAUGGAACACGGCAUUAACAUCAGUAUUUCAGCGUAACUACUGUUAGCAUGUUAGCAUGCUGAUGUUAGCAUUUAGCUCAAAGCGCAUAGAUGCUAGCUUGCACGGCACUUGCUGUGCUUAACGGUAAAAUCCAAAAUGUGCGUUCAGACUAAAAGCAAAUUUCAGAGACUGCAGAUAAAUCAAUAGAAAUAAACGAGCAUUCAAAUUCACUUGCGUUAGUGCAAACUGAUGCAAAACUGUGCAAGUAGAAAAUGUUUCAUCAAGACGUGUGACUCAGGUUCCAAAUAAUGUGGUUAAAUGCAGCUAAUUUAUUCAUCUGAGUCUCCGUAAUGACAGUACAGGUGAAGGAGGUAAAUAAAACCCGCCCACUCACAAAUACGUCACAGAAGCUAAAAGGCGCUCUAACUGACAUUUCACUGACUUUACGAGAUGUAGUUGUUCCAUUAACCGGUUUUCUACCCAAAUUCAGCUCAGAAUUUCACUGAGAAUUAAGAAAACCUGCAAAUGAAAAAUGCAAAUUAAUCAGUCAAACAUGAUUGACAGUUUGGACCCACAGAGGACAGAGCAGCAGCGAAUCAGUGGCGACCAAUCAAAAACACACUGGAGUUCACAUGUGACCACUGCAAGGGACAUUUUUUUUUAACAACAUGGAUCGUCUUGUACUUUUUGGCCAAUAAACUCAUAAGUUAGCAACAUGGACACUGGGGUGGAAACAGGGAGUUAAAUUUACCUUUACAAUGGACGGGAGCUAACCGUCACCUUUCCUGCCUGCGAGUAAACAACAGUGCCCUUCAUAUUAUCACCAUGGUGACGACGGCAACAAAAAAAAACACCGGUUUCUAUAGCAAAGGCCAACGAGCUGAGUGGUGAAGCCAACAUGGCCGACAGUGAAAACUCUUUGAUCCUCUGAGCACUGUGUUUGUUAAUGCAAUGUGUGCUAUAGUCAUCAUGUGCUCUUUGGCUGUGUGUGCGUGUGUGUGUGUGUGUGUGUGUGUGUGUGUGUGUGUGUGUGUGCGUGUGUGUGUGUGUGUGUGUGCGCAUGCGUAUGUGUAUACGAGUGAUAUUCUGAGUGUGUGUGUGUGAUGUGUGUGUGUGUGUGUGUGCACGCUGUAUACUGUACAGCUGUUUUCUGUAUUAUUGUAUUAAACAUUCAGGACUCCA